AUGGCUGCAUGUGACGCAAACUAUAAGUUUACAGUGAUAGAUGUAGGACAAUUCGGUAGUAUUAGUGACGGUGGAGUUUGGGCACACUCGGACAUAGGUCAGCUUCUUCAUAGUGGUUUGCUUGAUGUGCCUCCAAAGAAAGAAUUGCCUUGUACAUCAAUAGCAACAGAAUAUGUAUUUGCAGGCGAUGAAGCUUUCCCCCUUAAAAAAUAUUUGCUGCGUCCAUAUCCUCGUUCUCAAUUAACCGAUAAGGAACGAAUAUUCAACUAUCGACUGUCACGAGCACGUCAGGUAAUUGAAAAUGCUUUUGGCAUUUUAGUGUCAAGAUGGCGAAUCCUUACAAAACCUUUGUGCUGUUCUCCAGAAAAUGCUGAUCAUUUAGUCAAAGCAUUAAUCUGUCUCCACAACUUUAUUAUGACAACAGAAAGAGAAAUUGCUCCAGUUUACAGGAGAUACUGUCCAUCUCUGUUAAUACACAGAGAAAUAGCCGAUGGUGUGGUGUUGGGAGGAGCUUGGCGAGAACAUGGACAACAAGGUGAUCUGGUAGAAACUAUUGGAUGA